CCCCUCUUCAAUCUCUUGCUAUUUGUGUCCGGCGCUCAUUCUUUUUAUAGACUCUCUCCUUUUUUUUUCUCGUCCUGCUUCUUUGCAGAAAAAGUAGAAGAAGACUUUAUUCCUGUUUUCCUGCACAUUCAUCUUGGUCUUUCACUUUACAACCACUCUUCCUCUCGAGAUCUUGAUAGGGAAUUGCAAGGCUUUCUUCCUUCUCCAGGCAACCAGCCAUUCUAGUUGACAAUGCGUAUCGUUAACUUCCUGCCUGCCUUGCUGGCAACCGUCCCUGCUGUUGCCGCUACCAAAGGCACUCUGGGGCUUGCACUAGGCAACAAGAACGCGGACGGCAGCUGCAAAGCUACGGGUGACUACGAGGCUGAUUUCGAGGUCCUGAAGGGUGUUUCGAACAUCGUCCGUACCUACUCCGCUAGCGACUGCAACACUGCCCAGAACAUCAUUCCGGCCGCAAAGGCUAAGGGAUUCCAGGUCGUCUUGGGUGUUUGGGCCGAUUACACCGACUCUUUCAACAAGGACUUCGAUGCCCUCAAGCAGUUUGUUCCUGGCAAUGAGAAUGUCGUCAGCGCCAUCACCGUUGGCUCUGAAGCUCUUUACCGCAAGAGUCUCACGGCCCAGCAGCUUUUGAACCUGAUCCAACAAGUGCAGGCUCAAUUCCCCAAGGUGGCUGUGGGCACCGUGGAUAGUUGGAACAAGUUCGCAGAUGGCACUGCUGACCCCAUCAUCCAAGGCGGUGUUACCUACUUCUUGGCCAAUGGUUUUGCUUACUGGCAGGAUGUUUCUAUCAACGAUGCCCAUAAUGUCUACUUCGAUGAUGUCACGCAGGCCAAGAAUCACAUCUUGCAGGUCGCUGGCUCGAAUGCUAGCAAGAUUCGCUUCGGCAACGGCGAGACUGGCUGGCCGACCGAUGGAGGAUCCAACUAUGGCAGUCACUCUGUUGCCGGCACCAAGAAUGCCGAGCAGUUUUAUCAGACUUCUGUUUGUCCUAUGCUGGCUUCGGGAGUCGAUGUCUUCUACUUCGAGGCUUUUGAUGAAACCUGGAAGCCCAACAGUGUUGGAGACAACGGCCAGUCGAUGGAUGAGAAGCACUGGGGUCUCUUUACUGCUGAUGGCAAGCCCAAGUUCAACAUAAACUGCCCGAACUAGACGAUUAACGUGUUCGGAGUGGCACGACGACGCUGACCGGCUUCUUUGUCUCUUAUUUUCCCCUUGGCCCAUCAGUUGUAACAUUUGUUCCACAUGUCCUAUAUUUCAUUCUUUUGAGUCGCUGAAAGCACGGGCCUCGAGCGACGGCUUGUCCUUAGAUUGCUCUGUCACCACGAGGGAGGGUUUAUCCGAAUCUUAAGCUUUCAGCAAUAGCCGUAAUUUCAAUGCAGG